CAGCAUAGCCAGAGGAAACACAGUAAUAAACAAAGCACAACUCCAAGGAACACAGCACACAAAGUGGGGUUGCUGCUGCUGGCCUAGCAAGCGAGGCCGAAGAGGGAGACACCAUGAGAGCCCACAAGUAAUAGGUCUCUCGUGGGGCUCUCAAAUCCCACUGCCCCAACGGAAUUUCUCCCCCCAAGCCCCUCUCUGUCUCUCUCUCGCUCGUCUCUCCAGGUCCAUAGUGAUAUGAUUUGGAGGCUAGAUCUUGAUCUUUUGUUCUUUUGAGAGGGAAUUCAUCAGAGCCACUUGUUAUUCAAGGCAAGACAAGAGGACCAUUAACUGAGAUCUUGAUCGGCACUUUCAUAGCAUUGGUGUUCUUGGACUUUCUUAUGGCUGUUGCCAAGAGCAACAGCAAUAAAGAGUCGUUGUUUGAAUCGCGCAAUUGUUUCAAAGUUGCAACCCUUUACAAAACGAUUUUGGAGACAAACCAGACCUCAAAUCUGAAAGAUCGGUACGCGCUUGGGGAGCAGCUGGGAUGGGGACAAUUUGGCAUUAUCAGGGCAUGCUCAGAUAAGUUGACUGGUGAGGUGCUGGCAUGCAAGUCAAUUGCAAAAGAUAGAUUGGUUACCCUAGAUGACGUGCGGAGCAUCAAGCUUGAGAUUGAAAUAAUGACUAGGCUAUCCGGACACCCAAAUGUUGUAGAUCUCAAAGCUGUUUACGAGGAGGAAGAUUAUGUUCAUCUGGUGAUGGAGCUUUGUGCUGGGGGGGAGCUUUUCCAUCAGCUGGAGAAGCAUGGAAGAUUUUCCGAGUCUGAGGCCCGGGUUCUAUUCAGGCAGCUGAUGCAAGUAGUUACGUAUUGUCAUGAAAAGGGUGUUGUUCAUAGAGAUUUAAAGCCAGAGAACAUCCUUUUAACCAUAAAAGCUUCUUCUUCACCAAUUAAAUUGGCCGAUUUUGGUCUUGCAACUUACAUCAGGCCAGGUCAGAGCCUGCAUGGGACCGUUGGUAGUCCAUUUUAUAUAGCACCUGAGGUAUUAUCGGGGAGCUAUAACCAGGAGGCUGAUGUCUGGAGUUCAGGGGUUAUUCUUUACAUUCUUCUUAGUGGGAUGCCACCAUUUUGGGGGAAGACUAAAUCACGAAUAUUUGAUGCUGUUAGGACAGCUGAUCUGCGUUUUCCAUCUGAUCCAUGGGAUCAUAUAUCUGAUUCUGCUAAGGAAUUGAUUAGGGGAAUGCUCUGCACAGAUCCUUCUAAAAGGCUCACAGCUCAGCAGGUUCUAGAUCAUGCCUGGAUCAGUCAUCCUGCACCACACUCUGAAGAUUUCUAUCAAUGUCAAAAGCAAAUUUGUGGUAAAUUGGAUAUGGCAAGAAGCUCCUUCUCUAGCUCGUUUAUGAGUAGGAGUCAGGACAUCAGUUUCAGCAAUGGAUCGCCCAUUAUUUGUGAUGCCCAGUCACCUGUUUUGACUUGCAGAUCAUCAUUUUCUUCUUUUCUUGUUGAACCAUCAACACCUUGCCUUGCGUCCAGUGGGUUUUCCUUCCAUAGUUGUGAUGGAUCAGACACCCUGGAAUUCUGUACUCCUAUUUCCUCGGUGCCUAGUUUUGCAUUCUUCAGCCCGGUUUCCAUGGGCGAGCAAGGGACUCAUGCAUCACUGGAUUUUGCAGCCAACUUACCAAGAGUGGAUUCAGUUCAUCGAGAGGCAAGCUUGGAGAAGCUACUUGCCUUGCCAGAUUCUUCUCUAUGCUUUGGGCACGGACCAAGAUGCAUGGAGCACAAGGUUGUGGACGCUAAAAGGGCAGAAGGAACGGGUGGAUCUAGAAUGUCCGCGAAACACAGCAAGAGGAAUCACACAAUUGGUCUAGGUGAAUUCGAUCAGCUCGAUGUCAUGGUGACUGAAUCUGUCAUCCGCUGGGCAUCAUGCACGCAUCUUCCCACCGCCACAUCCCUUAGGUCGUCUCUUGUCUGCUGAAACUGUGGACUGCCUGACUGAGUGUUGGAUCAGUUGACAAGAUCUAUCGAAGCAGCAAGACUCAUGUAGUAAUUACCUCACUUUGAAUUUUUCUGAGUUUGUUUGUCACGGUUUGUGGGUACUCUUUCGCUCUCGUCACUGAACCCAGGUGCUUUCCGCCAGUUCCAGUUCCAGUUCCAGUUCCAGUUCCUCAAAAGCUCUGUUUCUGGAGUGUGAUGUUUACCUGGUUUCAAGGGUUGCUGUAACUGCUUACUCUUAUUAGGGCAGCUGUUUGCAUCAGCUAUAGAGAAGCAAAAAAAGUUGUUUUUGUUGGUCUUUCUGUGUAAAAAAAUUGGUGAAAUAGACCCGCUUGUACCAGGUUUGGCUUCUUCUAAUGUUAGGUCAUUGUGUCUCUCUUUUGUUUC